AUGUGGACUACAAAAACUUUUUUGACGAAAACUAAACGGGGUAAUAUUUUAAAAAUUGUAAGAGAACAUUAUUUAAGAGAUGAUUUACUCUGUGGAUCAGCUGCUUGCAACAUUUGUCCUCAUAAGGAUGAUGAAUAUAUUUUGGAUUCUAAACCACAUUCAAUCUGUGCGCUAUUUGAUUAUGAACAUUACUUAAUAUUAGACACUAAUGUGGUGUUGCAUCAGAUUGAUGUUCUAGAAGAAGAUGCAUUAACAAAUGUUAUUAUUUUACAAACUGUCCUUGAAGAAGUAAAACAUCAGAAUACUGCUAUAUAUCAACGACUGUUAGAAAUCAUAGGCAAGAAGACGAGAAAAUUUUACUCUUUUGUUAAUGAGCAUCACAAAGAUACAUAUAUAGAGCGAAAUCCAGGAGAAAAACAAAAUGAUAGGAAUGACCGUGCAAUACGUAAAGCUGCUGCUUGGUAUGCUUCCCAUCUCAGUAUAAAUAAUUUAGAUGGACAAUACCCUCAAAUUGUGUUACUUACUGAUGACGAGAACAAUAGAAAAAUUGCACAAGAAGAGGGAAUUGUUUGUUGUUCAGUAAAAGAUUACAUUGAAAAUGUGAACGGUUUUGUUGGUCUCGUUGACAAGUUAUCAAAGAAUGUUAUCCCUGAGAGCUGCUCAAAGGAUGCACUGUAUCCAGCACACUUAACUCCAACACAAAUUCAUACCGGUAUUAGAAACGGUAAAUUGUAUCAAGGAACAUUUCAUGCUUCAAGAGAGAAUUUCUUGGAAGGCACCUCUGUUGUUAGUGGAUUUGAAAAGCCGAUUCUCUUGCAAGGACACAUCGGCAUUAACAGGGCAGUUGAUGGUGACAUCGUAGCUAUAGAAAUUCUGCCCAAAGAAGAAUGGCGAAAGCCAAGUGAUAUUGUUCUUGAGGACAAAGCGGAUGAUCCCGGAGAUUUAUUAGAGGAAGACACUGAAUUGUUGACAAGCGUAAAGCCCAUUGAUACUAGUGAUGACGAGAUCACGCCAACUGGGAAAGUAGUUGGUAUAAUAAGGAGGAAAUGGCGACAGUACUGUGGGAUAUUAAAACCUAGCAAGUUUCCAGGUGCAACACGACACUUGUUUACGCCAGCUGAAAGGAAAAUCCCGCAUGUACGUAUCGAAACACGGCAAAGUGACGUAUUGGCCUCGCAAAGGAUACUAGUGGCGCUGGAUUCCUGGCCUAGGAACAGUCGAUAUCCGCUUGGCCAUUUCGUGCGCUCUCUCGGACCUAUUGGCGACAAAAACGCGGAAAAUGAGGUUAUAUUGCUAGAACAUGAUAUACCACACGCUAGAUUCAGCGAAGCCGUGCUGGCCUGCCUACCACCUGAUGACUGGACCAUACCAGAGGAGGAAAUAAAGAAACGCGUGGACUUGCGUGGGCUGUGCAUUUGCUCGGUGGACCCGCCCGGCUGCACGGACAUCGACGACGCGCUGCACGCGCGCGCGCUGCGCCGCGCCGGCCCGCGCGCGUACGAGGUGGGCGUGCACAUCGCUGACGUCACGCACUUCGUGCGACCCAACACCGCCCUAGACAAGGAGGCUGCUCUAAGAUCUACCACCGUUUAUUUGGUCGACAAGAGGAUCGACAUGGUUCCAGAUUUACUUAGCUCAAACUUGUGUUCAUUGCGCGGCGGUGAAGAGAGAUUAGCGUUCUCUUGUGUUUGGGAAAUCGACGAAAAUGCUAACGUUAUAUCUACUAAGUUCCAUAAAAGUGUUAUAAAGUCCCGUUCAGCAAUGACAUAUGAAGAAGCCCAGUUAAUAAUCGACGACCGUUCCCGGCAAGACGAGAUAGCAAGUUCGCUCCGUGUGCUCAAUGCACUCGCGAAGAAACUUAAGCGGAAACGACUGGAUAAUGGGGCUUUGUUGCUUGCUUCGCCUGAGAUACGAUUUCAGGUGGACUCGGAGACGCACGAGCCGAUGGAGGUGCAGGCGAAGAAGAUUCUGGACACGAACUCGAUGGUGGAGGAGUUCAUGCUGCUGGCCAACGUGAGCGUGGCCGAGCGUCUGGCGCGCGACUUCCCGCAGUGCGCGCUGCUGCGCCGCCACCCCGCCCCGCCCCCCGCAUACUUCCACACCUUCCUCAAGGCCGCCAGCCAGCAGGGCUUCGAACUGGACGUGUCUACAAACAAGUCGUUCUCGAAGUCUUUAGACGCCGCCGUGAUCCCCGAGCGUCCGUUUUUUAACACGCUCCUCCGCAUCAUGGCGACGCGUUGUAUGCAGCAAGCCGUAUAUUUUUCAAGCGGCACGCGAACUCAAGAAGAGUUCUACCACUAUGGGCUGGCAUGUCCUAUUUAUACUCACUUUACUUCACCCAUCCGAAGAUACGCGGACGUGAUCGUGCACCGGCUGCUGGCGGCGAGCAUCGGCGCGGACGUGACGCACGCGACGCUGCUCGACACCAAGCACGCGGACGCGCUGUGCGACAACCUCAACUACCGCCACCGCCAGGCGCAGUACGCCGGCCGCGCCUCCGUCGCGCUCAACACUCACAUCUUAUUCAAGAACCGUGUUGAAAUAGAGUCUGCCGUCGUGUUGGCGGUGAAGCGGAACGCUCUUCAAGUGUUGAUUCCGAAAUAUGGUCUGGAGGGGCCGCUGUAUUUGCCCUCCGAUAAAUUCACUUAUAAUGAAGAGGAACAUUUCCAAAUUUGUGAUGACGUUAUAUUAAAAACGUUUGACGAACUUACAGUACGUCUUUCCUUAGACAGUACUAAUUUGCAACAUAGGAAGCUUGUGUUCCAAUUAGUUAAGCCACACAUACCUGGCUUUAGCUAUGAACCCGAAAAGGAAGGAGAAAAAAUGGAUGUUGAAACAGUAGUUGCGGAAAAAAGCAAUCCAGAAGAUAAUAAAGGAAAGAGUACACAGAAGAAAAAACGUAAAGAUAACGCAGAAAUCAAAAGCAAGAAAAAGAUUAAGAAAUGA